GCAUCCAAAGAGAGAGAGCAAAAAAAAAAAAAAAAAGGGGAAAAAAAAGGGCGCUUAAAAAGCUUCGGGGAGAGAGGGGGCGAGGAGGACACAGGGCUAUCAUUUCCCACACCGCCUCCUCUCUCUUCUUUUUUCCCCUUCCUUUCUCUCCGUGUAGUGUGUGAGAGAGAGAGGGGAAGGGAGAAGGAGAGAGAACGAGAGAGAGAAUUUUUGUGUCUGGUUUUCUGAUCUGAAAUGGCGGCGAUUCCGAGAGUUCCUUUCGGGUUGAUGGCAGUCGCGGUGCUCUUCUUCGCCAUCGUCCUGCCGGCCGUCAGCGCCGCCCACGCUCCGGCCCCCGCGCCCACCAGCGAUGGAACAUCAAUUGACCAAUGCAUUGCGUAUGUGCUGAUGCUUGUGGCCCUCGUCCUCACCUACCUCAUCCACCCGUUGGAUGCCUCCUCUCCCUACAAGCUCUUCUAAAACCCUCUCAUAUGGAUCUGAAUAGAGAUAUUAGUUGUGAACCAAGUUAGAGAGGAUGGGGUUGGAUUGUUUGAAUCUUAUUGUUGAUUUUUGGGACAUGGACUUUGUGAUUGGAUUGCUCUUUUGUGGUGCUCUUUUGGUUUUGUUGGCUUCUUCUCCUAUGUUGCAGUAAUUCGUGUAAUGUUCAAAGAACCUGAAAAAACCAAUGUACAUGCAAAAUAUGAACCAUUGCUUAUGGGCACCAUGUUUCUUCUAUUUGA